UUGAAUAUUUUUAUCUUAAUUCUUCAUGGUGGUCCGAUGCCCCCUACGAACUUUGAGAGAGCCUUUCCGCACCAAGUUUUUUUGGUUGGUUGGUUUUGAAAGGUACGUUUAGAGAAAUAUCCAGCACGGCUAACACGGCGAAACGUUGUCCCAAACUUCCGUAGUUCCCUGCUUUGAAGCCACUUUUGUAGAAACCAGAGUGGCACAAGGAACAGUGUUCUUCGUUGUGUCUCAGUUAAGGAGGUCUUAGGAAUGUGGUGACAUUUCUUUAAUUUUGCAACUUAUCUGCAUUAUGUAACUUCUGCCACCAAAAUUCCUACAGAUGUGUGCAGAUAAGUGGACAUUUUGUUUUACAUUGCUAGGUCACACUCGAGAGUGCAACUCAAGUUGUAUCCCGUGUCACAGCAGUGACAAUUGUUCUGUGAAUCACAGGUUCUACUGAAGUCCCUUGCAAUUAGGCAGUAACACCAGAGAGACCAUCUGAGCACGCGUUCCUCUUGCUGUGCAGCCCUGGUUGCAAGGUGUCACUCAAGCUGGUGUCUCAGAAAGGACUGGGAAGGAAAUAAUUUGUGAGGUUUCUGCUACGGUUAUAUGAUUUAUUUUUUUAAAAAAAAGUACUGUUGAAAGUAAGGCCUUUUUAAAAAAUAAGUGUAUUUUAUGCCUAUUGAAGUGGAAAAUAGUCAAGUGACUGAAACAUUAUGACAUUAAUCACGUGACAUUAGUAAGUAUAGAAUAACUGCUUUCUUGGGAUGGUGCCAGUUAACAUUACAGUGAAUUAUAUAUUUAUAAUAUUUUGUAAUAGGGCUUAAAUCAGACCAAAUAGAAUUAUGCUUCCUGUUUCUUAUUUCAGUAGUAAGGUAUUACCUAGAAAAUAAGAUGUACAGUAAGUAGCUUUUUAGAUGUAAGUUAACAGUCUUUAUUGGUGUUCUUUAUAAUCUUAGGUUGCAAAUUCGAAAAGCAUAGGUUUUGAGUGCUCAGAUAGGUCAGUUAAUUUUCUUUGAGUUGUAGUGCGCUUUAUUUGUGAAUACCAGAGAGAUGGCCCUGUAUCAGAUACCAUAAAUCUAUUGUUUGUUUUGAUUAAAGGUGUAUUUUGUGGAGUAUGUAUACAUUAAAUUUCAGCUUUUAAGUUUUAGAGUUAAAAUUUUAAUUUUAGGAUUAUUUUCUAUAAGCAUAAACUUCAAUUUGAUAUUGUUUAUUUUAAAUGUUUUUAAAUAUCUGUAAAUUUGAAAAGAAUGAUCCAUUAAUUUUUUUCUUUUUGCUAGUCUGCUUAUGAGGAAGUAUAUAGACUUGGAGAUACAUGAAAUCUGUGGUCAUUAUUGCCUAGCAUAAAUUAUUUUAUCCUAGAUCUGUGGGGAGGUGGCACUUUGCAAGGCUAUUUGAAAUACUAAGUGUUUUGUGUUACCUGCUUUAAGUUUUGUCCAUGGAUAGAAGGAUGGCCUGAGAUCGCUAGGAGACCUGUGUUCUAAUAAAUACUUCCUGUGGCUACUGAUUUGCCAAGUGGGGAAACAUGAUGCACAGAUCUGUUGACUUUCCUAACUUGAUGUAGUCAGGACCCGAGCAAAGAAUCACCUGGCUCCUAAGGCCCAUGUUCUAUCUUGAUUUGACUCUGCUUCAUAGAGCAGAGGAAACAGGCGAAGAAUCAUUUUCAGUACAAAACGGUUCGAUUCAUCAAAAAGAUGCUGUAAAUGAUGAUGAUUUUGAGCCAUACUUAAGUAGCCAGACAAAUCAGAGUAACAGCUAUCCACCAAUGUCAGAUCCAUACAUGCCUAGUUACUAUGCUCCAUCCAUUGGAUUUCCAUAUUCUCUCGGGGAAGCAGCCUGGUCCACGGCGGGAGACCAACCUAUGCCGUAUCUGACGACCUAUGGACAAAUGAGCAAUGGAGAACAUCAUUACAUACCAGACGGGGUGUUUAGUCAACCUGGGGCAUUAGGAAACACCCCUCCAUUUCUUGGUCAACAUGGAUUUAACUUUUUUCCUGGUAAUGCUGAUUUCUCUACAUGGGGGACAAGUGGGUCUCAGGGACAAUCAACACAGAGUUCUGCUUACAGUAGCAGUUAUGGCUAUCCACCUAGUUCUCUUGGGAGAGCUAUUACAGAUGGACAAGCUGGAUUUGGCAAUGAUACUUUGAGUAAGGUGCCUGGCAUUAGCAGUAUUGAGCAAGGCAUGACUGGACUGAAAAUUGGUGGUGACCUGACAGCUGCAGUGACAAAAACCGUAGGUACAGCCUUGAGCAGCAGUGGUAUGACUAGCAUUGCGACCAAUAGUGUGCCCCCAGUCAGCAGCGCAGCGCCUAAGCCGACCUCCUGGGCUGCCAUUGCCAGAAAGCCUGCCAAACCUCAACCGAAACUUAAACCCAAGGGCAAUGUGGGAAUUGGGGGUUCUGCUGUGCCACCACCUCCUAUAAAACACAACAUGAAUAUUGGAACUUGGGAUGAAAAGGGGUCAGUGGUAAAGGCUCCACCAACCCAACCAGUUCUGCCUCCUCAAACUAUAAUCCAGCAGCCUCAGCCAUUAAUUCAACCACCAACAUUGGUGCAAAGCCAACUGCCUCAACAGCAGCCUCAGCCACCACAACCACAGCAGCAACAAGGACCUCAACCACAGGCCCAGCCUCACCAAGUGCAGCCCCAACCGCAACAGCUGCAGACUCGCUGGGUAGCUCCUCGGAAUAGGGGAGCUGGAUUCAACCAGAACAAUGGAGUGGGCGGUGAAAACUUUGGUUUAGGUGUUGUUCCUGUCAGUGCUUCACCUUCUAGUGCAGAAGUGCAUCCAGUGCUGGAAAAGCUAAAGGCCAUAAACAAUUACAAUCCCAAAGACUUUGACUGGAACCUGAAGAAUGGACGUGUGUUUAUAAUUAAAAGCUAUUCUGAGGAUGACAUACACCGUUCCAUUAAGUACUCUAUCUGGUGUAGUACUGAGCAUGGUAAUAAGCGUUUGGAUGCAGCUUACCGUUCCCUGAAUGGGAAAGGCCCACUCUAUUUACUCUUCAGUGUGAAUGGCAGUGGACAUUUUUGUGGAGUGGCUGAAAUGAAGUCUGUUGUGGACUAUAAUGCAUAUGCUGGUGUCUGGUCUCAGGAUAAGUGGAAGGGCAAAUUUGAAGUUAAAUGGAUCUUUGUCAAAGAUGUUCCCAAUAACCAAUUACGGCAUAUUCGCUUAGAAAAUAAUGACAACAAACCAGUUACCAAUUCAAGGGACACUCAAGAGGUUCCCCUAGAAAAAGCUAAGCAAGUGCUUAAAAUAAUUGCUACUUUCAAGCAUACCACCUCAAUCUUUGAUGACUUUGCACAUUAUGAAAAGCGUCAAGAAGAGGAGGAAGCCAUGCGUAGGCCGAAUGAAAAAGGUGUUCAAGAAAGAUCACAUCUAGUAACUGUUACCCUAGAACAGUCUCUCAGCAGGGACUCCAUGCAUCAGGAGAGAAAUAGAAACAAACAAUAACCGUAUGAAGAUGUCCUGUUAGAAUCACAACACUAAUGAUGUAGACUCUGGAAAUGCCUAAUCAGUCAAAGACGACGUUAUUAAAGCUUUUUUUCUGCUUAAGGUGACAUCUUUGAACUCUAACACAGAACUGACUCUUCUCGUAGUGGUUUUCAUCAGCGCGUCUGCCCUUAUACUCUCACCAAACACACUUGAGGACUGUAACUUCGUCAAGCACUUUCUGUCCUGAAGCUUUUACCAGUAUCUGCUGUCUUUUGUAAUUAUGCAUCUUAGCUGAGGCACAGAAGACUGAAUGAAUGCAAGGAUUCAUUAACUCUCUGAGUUUGUUAAAUACUAACAGUUAACCAUUAGAAGUGGUUCAAUGAUGUAAGAGUCACACUGCUUCCACUUUUUCUUUGUUGUAGUUUUUAAAUUGUCAAUUUUUAGCUAUUUGACAGAUUGAAAGCAAAAUAAUCAUGCCAUAUUUAGUCCUGGAGUUCAAGUCUAAAUGUUUAUGUGAAAAAUUAUUGUAGUAAACUUUUAAUAUGGCAAAGCAACCUUAAGCUCUAUUUUAGCCAAAUGAAACAUAAUCUGAAAUUAUAUUAGAACAUUUCCCUUGUCUUCAAACUGUUUGGUGUAACAGAAUAUUGAUAUGCAGCUUGGUGGACUUCACCAGUUAAUGCACAUUCUUCUCCCCUCCUUCCCCCAAUAAUAUGUAUACUGAAAAAUGUGCAUUUGUCUGAGGAAUUAUUUUGUUUGCUACCACUUACUGAAUCUCAAAAUUUUGAGUAAAUGUACCUCAGUCUAAUCAGACUUUUUAUGACCUUUAUAACUACAUUUAAAACCCUUAAUUCCUAUUUCUGGGUGUUUGCGAGCCUGAUUGCGAUCAUGAAGUAAAAAUUUAUUACUCUGGGUAUUCACUAGCUAAAUAAACAAUAGUUCUUGUUUAGCAAGCAUAUACUGUUCCUCAGCUCUUUUCUCCAGCUUUUGCAGUGUCCUGGCAUCCUUAAAAUACCUUGAAAAUAUGGCCUUGAUCCAUGGAUUAAAUCAGUAUCUAAGUGACUGUGUUGAUGUUUUAUUGAUCAGAUCUAUAUAAAUGGGAAUACAGCAUAUAUCUGGGUAUUCUUAUAGUUAUCUUUUUAACAUCUUAUUUUUUUCAUUAAUUACAUAUCAACAUUAAUUUUGUAACUUGAAACAAAUUGAUUUUGUAUAAUUAAAUGUGUCAAGCAUCUGUAUUAACUGAUUUGAUGGCAUAAGGUUAUGAAGAUAAUGUACUGCCCCUUAUAUUACUGUUCCAAAAGGAGAAAACUGUAGAAAGAUACAUUAAGGGUGAAAAUAGCAAUAUAGUAGAUUUGAAUACCUUGAUGUUUUGCAUUACUCCACUUGUGUUUACAUCAUGUUUAGAAAUGUUUUCAUUUACAAUGGUCUUUGGUCACUUCAGUU